GGGUGCGGGGCGCUGUCCCUGCAGGGAUGCCCGCGGGCUGUCCGCCGGCCGCCCCCAGGCUGCAGUACCGCAGCUCCCGCUUGCUCCGCGCCGCCUUCCUGCGCCUGCACCAGCAGCAGCAGCGGGCGGACGUCUUCUGCGACGUGCUCCUGCGGGCUGAAGGGGAGGUGGUGGCGGCGCACUGCUGCGUGCUGUCGGUGUGGAGCCCGUUCUUCAUGGAGCGCCUGGCCCGCCAGCUGCCCCCCGCGGGGCGCCGCGUGGUGCUGGAGCUCGGGGGGCUGAAGAUGGCGACGCUGCGCAAAGUGGUGCGCUUCCUGUACACGGCCGAGUUGGAGGCCUCCUGGGAGGAAGUGCGGGACGUGCUGGCGGCCGCCCGCCAGCUCCGUGUGGCCGAACUCGAGUCGCUGCAGCUUCAGGAGGACGGCCUGGUGCGGCCCGGGCCCCGCUGGCAGCUUGACCGCAGCUGUCUGCGUGGCCUCGGGUCCGGCGGCGUCCCCCUAGCGGACGCCCCGCAAAAACAGCAGCUCCCUCCGGAGACCGUAGGGGCGGCCCACCCCGUGGGGCGGCUGAAACUGAGGAGGACGGAAGACCGACGCUGCUGGGAGGUGGUGCGGGACGGGUGGCUCUCCCUCGAGCCCGUCGCCGUAGAGGCCCGGACGGGAACAGAGCCGUGGCUCCCACCGGCUGCCGGUGCGCUGGCAGAGGACGACCUGGAGGAGGAGGUGGACGUGGGGAUGGCACAGCCAUGUCUGCCCCCCGGCACUGUGUGUGCCUGUCCCAGCCCCUCGUCCGAGUCGGGUGGGGAGGUGGACGUCCUCGGGUAGGGGAGCUGCUAACCCCUGCCCCCCAGGCUCGAAGAGUGCAGCGUCCCUGUUCUCUGUGUCGCUGAAAUAAAGCACUAGAGCUGCGUGAA